AUGGCCUCAACUGCAGCAUCAGAAGCCGAAUUGAGAAACGAAAUCGCCCGUUUAACCGCAUCGAUAAGCUAUCACAAGGCUGGUCAGCCCAGCGCUCCAAGUUCCACACCUUAUUCAAGGAGCAACGCCUAUGUCAACCCGCACUACCAACUUCCUCAAGCUACCAAGUAUAUCCGACCAACAUACCCUGUGUCUCGUCCUACCCCAAGUUCUUCUCUGCCAGUCUCGAAUCAUCCCAAGGAAGUCGUUCUAGGUGGUGUCGCUUUCAAAUCGUCCGGACGAUCCCUAGUUCGCAAAGGCCUUCCGACCCCACCACCUCCCGCAAAAUACGUUAAUUCCAAGAAGCCAGGACAUGUACUACCUCCAAUCAAAGCGAGGCCUAUACCCCGUCGCCGAGCUCCACCUGGCAAACGGAAUCGUAAUCUGACUCUGGACAACACUAAACGCCCUUACCAAUCCCGACGCAACUCGAAACGAGCAAAGAAGUAUAUCAAUAAGCCAUGUCCUCGGUUCACGACAACAGGGUCUUGUAACCGCGGAUUAACUUGCAUGUAUCAGCACGAUCCAGCCAAGAUCGCCAUCUGUUGGAACUUCCUUCAAGGUAGUUGCACCAACACUGCAUCAAGUUGCCACCUCUCGCAUGACCCCACCCCGGAACGCACCCCGAUCUGUGUUCAUUUCCUCAACAAAGGUCGCUGCACCAGAGAAAACUGUCCUUUCCCGCACGUCAAUGUUGGUGCGCGUGAAGGUAUAUGUCGAGAUUUUGCUGUCCUCGGCUACUGCGAAAAGGGCCUGGAUUGCGACAAGCAGCAUGUCAGAGAGUGCCCCGACUUUGCAGAGCAAGGUAGCUGCACGACCAAGAGAUGCAAGCUUCCGCAUGUCAUUAGGGCCAACCGCAACCGCAAAGUCGACGAAAGUGUCUCAAAGCCUGGACCCGCCGUCGUCUCUGUUGUUGCUUCUGCUGCUCCCACUGAUCCUGAUCUUAGUCCGCAUCUCACAGCAGAGAAAGCUCAGCUUGGUGACGAGUUCAUCUCUCUCACCUUCAAUGAAAGCGAGAGCAGUGAUGAAGAAUCCGAAGAUGACUCUGAAGAAGCAUCUGAGGGCGAUGAGCCCGACGAUACUGAAAUGCAAGAAGAUUAG